AUGGAUAUACCAUUUUUUUCCUCCUUAUUCCAUGGAUAUACAAAUUUCCGAGAUAGCCGGUUUUCCUCAGAGAAUUUUGAAUGGAGUUAAUGAAAGGAGCUUCAAUCAUCACUCAUGCAACACUCAGCAUUCUUUCUUCUUUCUUCUCCUUCCUUAUCCUUCCUUUCUAACCCUGAUAAAAUUCCCCAUUCACAUUAUCAUCACUCAGAGGUGGAUCAACAAUCUAAAAUUAAUAGACCGAUGUGAUUUGCUUUUCUUUGAGGCAGGCGAGGGUCUUUCGUAAACAGCCUCUCUACCUCUACAAGGUAGGGAGAGAUAUUUUGUCAAGAUCUUCCGGAAUCCGAUUAUGAUAUCGGAGUCCGCGAUGGAAGAUGACUAGAAUACUUGCAAAGCCGGCGUCCCAGCUCCGCGAUUUCCAGCAAUCUCUGAAGAAAAAAUCAAUAAUCUCCUCUUCAACUGAUCAGGUCGACGCACUAUGGAGUCGCCAAAUUCUGGAUCCAAACAGCGACAUUGUAAAUCGCUGGAACUAUGUAUUCCUCCUCACAUGUCUCAUCUCUCUUUUCAUCGACCCUCUUUACUUCUACCUGCCUUUCGUCAGCAAUAAAGCUUGUAUGUCUACUGAUGAUGAAGCGGCUAGUCAGAUUACUAUCUAUCGUUCUCUCACUGACUUAUUUUACGUCCUCCAUAUUCUCAUGAAGUUUCGCACGGCUUUUGUCAAUCCUAACUCUCGGGUUUUUGGCCGGGGUGAGCUUGUCAUGGACCCUCGAGAAAUUGCAAAGCAAUAUCUCAAGAAUGAUUUCUUGCUUGAUUUGAUGGCCGCUCUUCCUCUGCCUCAAAUUGUCAUUCUGUAUGUAAUUCCCGCAACUAAAAAAACUGGAUCUGGUCAUUCCAAAGUUACUCUUGCCCUUAUCGUUCUCAUCCAAUAUGUGCCAAGGUUAUUCGUUAUUUUCCCGCUAAAUCAGCAGAUCAUCAAAACUACAGGUUUUAUUGCUAAAACAGCCUGGGCAGGAGCAGCUUACAAUCUCCUCCUUUUCAUGUUAGCUAGUCAUGUGGCGGGAGCUUCCUGGUACGUGACAUCUAUAGCAAGACAGUACUCUUGCUGGUCAAAUGAAUGUAGGAAGGAGCGUGAUGCAGUUCCACCAUGCGUGCCUGAAUUUUUAGACUGUAGCAGUUUUACGGAUAGUUAUGUACGCGAUUACUGGCGAAACAGCACGCAAGUUCUUGCAAAAUGUGAUGCUAUAAAUGAUGAAGAUUCUGGGUUUAAGUUUGGAAUUUUCGCUGACGCCUUUACUAAUGAAGUGGCUUCAUCAUCAUUCAUGGAGAAAUAUUUAUACUGUCUUUGGUGGGGUCUAAGAAAUUUGAGUUCAUAUGGGCAGAAUUUGAAUACUAGCACUUAUAUUGGCGAAACAUUAUUCAGCAUUUCCAUAAGCAUCAUUGGUUUAGUUCUCUUUGCACAGCUAAUUGGAAACAUGCAGACUUAUCUGCAAUCUAUGACCGUAAAAAUUGAGGAAUGGAGAAUUAGAAAAAGAGAUAUAGAAGAAUGGAUGAGGCACCGCCAGUUGCCUGAAGACUUGCAAGAACGUGUUCGCCGUUUUGAUCAAUGUAAAUGGCUUGCUACAAGAGGAGUUAAUGAAGAAGAGAUCUUGCAAUCUUUGCCUUUGGAUCUUCGUCGUCAAAUCCAAAGACACCUAUGCCUUAAUCUUGUUCGACGAGUUCCAUUUUUUGAACAAAUGGAUGACCAGCUGCUUGAUGCUAUAUGUGAACGCCUAGUCUCAUCCCUGAGCAUAAUGGGAACCUAUGUUGUUCGAGAAGGUGAUCCAGUGAAUGAGAUGCUCUUUAUCAUCAGGGGGCAACUAGAGAGUUCCACGACAAAUGGGGGAAGAUCUGGAUUCUUCAAUUCUACCACCCUUAGGCCUGGUGACUUUUGUGGUGAAGAAUUACUGACUUGGGCAUUACUGCCUAACUCAACUCAGUUGCCUUCUUCAACUCGAACUGUGAGAGCACUUUCUGAAGUUGAAGCAUUUGCACUUCGAGCUGAAGACCUGAAAUUUUUCGCUGUUCAAUUUAAACGUCUUCACAGCAAGAAGCUACAGCAUGCAUUUAGGUACUAUUCUUAUCAGUGGAGAACAUGGGGUGCUUGCUUUAUACAGGCUGCAUGGAGAAGGUAUAGGAAGAAAAAGAUGGAAAACGAGUUGGCUCUACAAGAGAGCUAUUAUUAUAUGCAAGAUCCUGACGGUGGAGGGAACUACGAUGAGCAAAGUUAUGAGGCUUUCGAUGAUGUUGGUCUUGAGCAGCAACCAUUAGUAGACAGUGGUCGUAGUUCCCAACAACUUGGAGCUACAAUUUUGGCCAAAAGAUUUGCUGCUAAUACGAGAAGAGGACUAGAACAGAAGAUUCAGACGGCUGAUUCUUCUUCCAGCUUAAAAAUGCCCAAGUUGUUCAAGCCAGAUGAGCCUGAUUUUUCUACAGAUUGAAGGCACUAUAUUAGUUAGUUAGAACACCCUGCAUUACUGAAAGGUACUAGUGAGUAAUGACUAAGCUAGUAACCUUUUUUUAUUUUUUGUAAAUUUCCAGGAGCAAUAGGCCUUUUGACAAUUUUGAUUACGACAUUCCUUUUUCAAUCGUGUGAAAUUCAACCUUCUUUUCUAGUU